UUCCUUUCUAGUUUUUUUCUUGAAGCCGACAAAAUGGUUCAACGUUUGACUUUGAGAAGACGUCUGUCCUACAACACCAAAUCCAACAGGAGACGUAUUGUCCGUACCCCUGGCGGUCGUUUGGUCUACCAAUAUGUGAAGAAAAACAAGACUGUCCCAAAGUGCGGUCAAUGUAAAGAGAAAUUGAAGGGCAUCCAACCCUCUCGCCCUUGCGAACGUAGCCGUAUGUCCAAGCGUCUCAAGACUGUCGCCCGUACCUACGGCGGUGUCCUCUGCCACCGUUGCUUGCGCGAACGUAUCAUUCGUGCCUUCCUGAUCGAAGAACAAAAGAUCGUCAAGGCUUUGAAGAGCCAACGCGAAAGUCUUGUCAAGCCAGUCAAACCCACCAAGACGGUUGAAAAGAAGCCCGCUAAAUCUGCUGCCACCAAGACCGCUGGCAAGUCUGCAGCCAAGAAACCCGCCCAAAAAGCUACCGGCAAAUCCAAGAAGUAAAAGCUUGGAUGAUGAGUUUUUAUUUUAACCACUCCUGUCCACCUGAUAUGUUGCGUGCAUAAAGGGCGGAAUUUCUUAUGUUUUAAAAGAAAUUAUUGGUUUAAGUGUGAUGCGUGUGUUUCGUAUAUAACAACAAAAAAUAAAAAAUCAACAUCAAAAAGAAAAUAGUUUUUGUAAAAGAAAUAGAAAA